UGUUUUUGUGAAAUAUAUGAUGAUUAUAAUACGACAGUUAUCAUGGCGGGAACAUUACGCUCCACCAAAGCUUUCUUUGACCCUGAAAAUCCAAAGGAUGCGGAUAUAUUAUUAUCACUUUUGGAUGAUGACGAUCUGGAAAAGGAAUAUGAGAAGGUUUUGAGCUCUUUAGGUCAGUUUUCCGACACCGAAGCUGACAGUGACCAGGAAAUUGAAACAACGUUCAAUGACAUACCAGCUAUUUCAAGGGUGGUAGGAAGCGAUAUUGAGCUUAUACCCGAGACAAUUGCGUUACCAGAAAGAGAACAGAACGAGAGCAGCAAAGUAAUGAAAGAUACCAAGAAAUUGGAUAUAAACUGGAAGAAAGGAUCUUUUCUAAAGUACAAAUUUAUAACAGGAAACAUAGGAACAGAAAAUAAUGACAAUUCUGAAAACAAUUUGGUAAAAUAUCCAAUUGAAUAUUUUUUUCGAUAUUUACCCGAUAGUAUAUUUUCAAAAAUUUCCGAAAUGACGAACAUCUACGCCCUCCAACAAGGUAAACACUUCAAACCAGGCGAUACUGAAGAAAUAAAAAGUCUUUUUGGCCUACACAUUAUGAUGUCUUGUCUGAGAUACCCAAGGGUACGCAUGUACUGGGAUAAAACGCUGCGACAGAGUUUUUAUUAUGACACCAUGAGCAGAGACCGUUUUUUCCAACUGCGUACUAACCUACAUGUUGUCAAUAAUUUAGAAAGACCAGCUAGGAACGACGAUAGAAUGUUCAAAGUAAGACCUUUAUUUGAUAGCAUUAGAAAAAGAUGUCUUGAGCUGGAAUUGGAAAAAAAAUAUGUGUGUUGAUGAGCAAAUGGUGGCAUUUACUGGAAAACUCUCUAUUAUACAAUACGUAAAAGGUAAACCUUGCCCGUGGGGUAUGAAAAUAUUUGUAUUGUGUGGUAGUAGUGGUCUUGCUUAUGACUUUGUUAUCUAUCAGGGAUCUACAACCGAACUUGACAAACCAAUGUUGGGAAAGUUUGGUCUAGGAGCUACAAUUGUUCUAAAACUAUCUGAUCGUAUUCAAGCGGGAAGUUUUUUAUAUUUUGAUAAUUACUUUACCAGUUACAAUUUGCUGGAAAGUCUACGUCAGAAACAUAUACAUGCGGUCGGAACUGUGAGAGUCAAUCGUUUCAGUAAACCACCACUAAGCCAAGAUAAUAUUUUUACAAAAAAAUACAGAGGAUACAGUGAAGAGGUCGUAAGUGAAGAUGGCAUAGUU